AUGUCCAUACCAUCCUCAAGUCCAUACCAUCCUCGCUCCAACGGCACGGCCGAGCGAGAACUGCAGGUGUCUAAGAAACUACUAAAGAAGUAUCCUUUCGGCUGUGUUGACUUGUGUAACUCCUUACUAGAGUGGCGGAACUUUCCGCGUGACAAGUGUUUAAAGUCUCCUUCGCAGCGGCUCAUGGGACGGCUCACCAGGAUUCUUCUACCGGUUCCGGCUACUCACAUGAAGCCUCGGACGCUGCAACCAAACUUCGUCCUGAAGCAACUUCUAAACAUCCGUCGCAAGCAACGCACCUUCUACAAUAGGGGUUCCAAGCCUCCACCUGAACUACCACUUGAGUGGACAGGCUCCGAGUUCUCGCUGGUGGUGUUGCUUCCCGACGACAAGAAUGGGCUCGCGUCUCUCGAGGCGAAGCUGAGUGCGUUGACAGCGCUUCGCUGCUUCAGCAGCCUCCGGCGGCACGGCCAAGUCCGCGUCAGCUUGCCCCUGUUCAAGGUAAAGCAGGUGACAGAGCUGAGUCCGGCACUGUCUGCUCUCGGAGUGCGCGACGUGUUUGGUGAGCACGCCCUGCUCUGGGGCUCAAGUAUGGGCGACAAGCGAGUGACUCUGAUGCGCCACGCGGCAGCAUUCGAGACUUCGCAGAACGGUGGUCGUCGACGCUCGCGUACCAAGCAACGUCAGAGUCAUUUGGCCCGGCUGACGCGCAGCAUCGGCGUUCUCCUCAGGAUGCCGCGCUUCCGCACCGACGUCAUCAGUGUGGACCGCCCGUUCGCCUUUUUUGUCACGUGUUCCCGCCCGGAUGCUGUCAUGUUGCUCGGUUCCGUGCGCGAGAUACGCUGGUGA